AUGGUCCUACAGGGAGCUCUACCCACUGGUCCCACAAGGAGCUCUACCCACUGGUCCCACAGGGAGCUCUACCCAUGGUCCUACAGGGAGCUCUACCCAUGGUCCUACAGGGAGCUCUACCCAUGGUCCUACAGGGAGCUCUACCCACUGGUCCCACAAGGAGCUCUACCCACUGGUCCCACAGGGAGCUCUACCCACUGGUCCCACAAGGAGCUCUACCCACUGGUCCCACAGGGAGCUCUACCCAUGGUCCUACAGGGAGCUCUACCCAUGGUCCUACAGGGAGCUCUACCCACUGGUCCCACAAGGAGCUCUACCCACUGGUCCCACAGGGAGCUCUACCCAUGGUCCUACAGGGAGCUCUACCCACUGGUCCCACAGGCUUCUCUACCCAUGGUCCCACAGGGAGCUCUACCCACUGGUCCUGUGGCUUAG